UAACUAACUAGUUAACUAGCGAUAGUCGAGACUGGAGGCGCACCCCUUGCGACGAGCCGCAAUCUAAGUAUGUAAGCCCUUUGAGGCGCCUUGGAUCUCAAGGGUGUAGUUGAAUAACCUCAGGGAUGGAAUGCGAUCCAGCAAGGGAUGAAAGACAACACAGCAAUCUUUAAGCCCUGGGUUUCUCACACCAAGACAGCUUUACUUCUUUCUUCUCUCUCUCUGUCUUCUUGACUGUGAUCAAUCAAAUCACACCCGAGACACCAUCAUUCAUAGAAGAGCCUGUCCAGAAUCCCGAAUCUAUCGCCAUGCGCUCCAUCCAGCUCGCCCUGCUCAGCCUCAUUCUCCUGGUCACCUCCACAACCGCCAAAACGACUACAAUCGGUAUCGAAACAGAGGAGGGCAGCCAUGCUGUGACCAUCCCAAUGGACGAUUGCCACUACCUUGAUGAAGAGGAGGUUUACAAAGUCGCCAUCUCGAAAAAGUGUCGAUUCUUCACCGGUCCCGGGUGUACUGGACGGAACACGCUCCUUGAACCUGGCGAACACGCGAGCAGUGAAGCGGUGAUGCUUACGAGCGUGCUUUGCGAGGAGCCAGAUCCGUUUUAGAUAUAUUUGAAUCUGCACGGAUAUGUACAUUAUAUUAGAGUAUUGGGUAGUAGGUGAAUAAAUGGAUAUGUAUCCUUACUUUGA